GAUGCUGACAGUUGCCCUCGCGCAUGCGCAUUGGGAUGAAGGGAAUUUUCAACAGCUGAGGAGGCGUACCUAGCUAGAGGGGCUAACACUUUAAGGUUGGAGAUUGGCGAGAAAGAACCCUUCUGUUGACAAUGGCUCUUCAAGACGAUUGACCUCAAACCACAUUAAUCUGACUCUUAUUUAACAGAGCAAAUAUCCUCAUUUUCUAAAUUGUUUGUGUUGCACUGACCUGUUUGUCUGGAAACAAGUUAUGCUUUGAGACGAAGAAGAGAUGUCCAUACAAAGACAACCGUACAAGAUACUGCAUUGCUCCACCAACUGGGGGAGGGGUUGUGUUUAGAUGAUGGACUACUGAGUCUAUCUGUUCUCCUUUCUCCAAAACAUAGCAAUUUAGCAUGAGUCAAUGUACCAAAGUCAGUUAUUCUUGCCGGAAAUGGGGCUCGAAUGUGGCAUCCAAAUUCAAGGUGUGCCUAAAGGGCUAAGGCUCUCUGUAACUUCUGAAUGAUAGUCUGUUGCAAAUAAUGGAUGCCAAGUUAAGAGAGGACCUGUUUCGGAGGUAUGUGACUGCACUGGAAAAGCGUCUGGAGGGGGGAUAUACGGGGAAUGGCACAACACUGGACAGAGACAAAAACAGACACAAGGAAAGCGAGGCCCUGCUCUCCACGGCCACGGCUCUGCUCGGAGCCUAUCAGCCUGAUCCUGGACAACGAUUCCGCAUGGUGCGUUUCUACGAGAUGGUGGAGAACUCUCUCCGAUGCCAGAGAGGAGGCAGCCUGAAGAGCCUGGAGAGGGCCUUUCAAACUCUAGAAACCAUCUGCACUAAUCUCCUGCUCUUCCCUUGGAAAAAAGAGUUCCGAUGUAUAAAGACCUUCACUGGCCCAUAUGUGUACCAUCUGCAGUCUGCCAUUUCUGAUGCUGAACUCCGAACACUAAUGCGUACCAUUGGAUAUACCUGUGACCCUGAUUCCCAGUUCCGUUUGCUGGACCACCCUGGCGACUCGGAUCAUCUCCGCCAGUUAGCCUUUGAGCUGUUCUUGUCCCAGGCAGAGUGUCGUCUUCUCGGGGAGGUUGUGGCUCUCGCCCGCGGUGCAGCCUCGGAGCUCGAAGCGCUGGAACUCCGCCGGGAUUGUAGAGACGAUGCUGCUGGCUGCGCCGAGGCACUGCGCAGACGUGACAGCCUUGGGGCAGAUAUUUCUCGCUUGUCUGUUCGACCACUGGAUAUAGAAAGGCCUCAUACCCACCACCUGAGACGAAGCAGCCGCCCAUCCAAGUCUGUGGAUGUUACGGAUGGCGCAGGUCACUGGCAUCCCGCUAUUAACAAGCCUGUUUUGAAGGCGUCAUUGAGCCUUAGGAAGGAGCCUUUAUUUGUAGAUGCAGAGGAGGAUAUGAAGGAUGAGAUCAUCAGGCCCAGCACCUCUGCAUCCUUUUUCUCUAUCGCAGCUCCCCCUUCCUACAGCCCUGUUGCAGACUUUUUCCCAAUGCAGUCACCUCCGCCAGUUGACCCAUACGCAUCGUACCAUAUGUCGUCCUUGGACGACAUCGACUUGUACACCGAGAGAGGUGGCGUUGGAACAGUAGGAAGGCAAACUCCAUCUCGACCACCAUCUAGAGAGCCCCGUGAGGCCAGGGAUAGCUGGCUACUGAAAGCUCACGGUAGUGUGAAGUGUCAGGGUUGUGGACUGGCAUGUUCCACAAUGGCGUCCUGUCAGAGGUGCGACAUGAUUCUUUGCGCUGCUUGCCAUGACGUAGACCCAUCCCCCUGUUGUGGCCUCCAGGAAUAUCACCCCAAAUCCCCACGCCCCCUUGACGGAUACAUUCCUGUGAAGGAAAAGUUGUCAGUCUACUCAAAUGCUCAAUCACACCCCCAUCUCCAUCCCCACCCCCUAACCCUAACCCACUCUCAUCCCCAUCCUCACCCCCAGAUGUUAGAAAAACCUCUCAUGCCCACCAAACUGUUUCCUAGCAAGUCAGUUGCUAUGACAACGCCAAAGGCAGGGAGCACAGAGCGUAUAAGCAUUGGGGGCUCACGAUGCGGGUUUUGCAACAAGCCAGGUGCAACACACACCUGCGUAAACUGCUCUAAGGUGUCUUGUGACUCUUGCAUGGGGUUAUAUGCGAAAGAUAUGUGCACACGAAAGAAUCCUCAGCACAACUUUGUGCCCAACCAUCAACUCAACUUCAAAUCUGGCACCAUAUCACACUUGGUGUACCGAUGAAACAGUCCAGUCCUUAUAUCCAAUGUAGUUUUGCACUAUUGAUUCGCCUUAGCUUAAAUAGUUAAUUCUUUGGUUUCUGUGUUGAUCUGCUGGUUGCUUCUUGAACCUGUACAUUUCCACUCCCUGACAGUAGGCCUGUGGAAUACACGCGGAUAGAAACAUAUCAUUAUCCCCGCUCUCUGCUAGGCAUGGGCCGGUGUGAGAUUCUCAUGAUUUGAGUGAAAAAAAAUUGAUCUUCUGAAGAUUUCACCAGUUAAAA